UCUACGGUUAUGACCACGACGACUGGCUUCACACACCUCUCAUUUCCCCUGAUGCAAAUAUUGACUUAACAACUGAGCAAAUAGAAGAGACCUUGAAAUACUUCCUUUUAUGUGCUGAAAGAGUGGGCCAGAUGACUAAAACAUACAAUGACAUAGAUGCUGUAACACGCCUUCUUGAAGAGAAAGAACGGGACUUAGAAUUAGCUGCUCGGAUUGGCCAGUCGCUGUUAAAGAAGAAUAAAUCACUGACAGAAAGAAAUGAUUUCCUGGAGGAGCAGGUUGAACACAUCCGAGAAGAGGUUUCUCAGUUGCGUCAUGAGCUGUCCAUGAAAGAUGAACUGCUCCAGUUCUAUACGAGUGCUGCUGAAGAAAGUGAACCAGAGUCUGUCUGUUCCACCCCGCUGAAGAGGAAUGAAUCUUCUUCCUCUGUCCAGAACUACUUUCAUUUGGACUCUCUUCAAAAGAAACUCAAGGAUCUUGAAGAGGAAAAUGUUGUGCUUAGAUCUGAGGCCUGUCAGCUGAAGACUGAAACAAUUACUUAUGAAGAGAAAGAGCAACAACUUGUCAAUGACUGUGUAAAAGAGCUAAGAGAUGCAAACAUCCAGAUUGCCAAUAUCUCCGAAGAGUUAGCAAAGAAAACUGAAGAUGCUGCCCGGCAGCAAGAAGAGAUCACUCAUCUUCUGUCUCAGAUAGUGGACCUGCAGAAAAAAGCAAAAGCUUGUGCAGUUGAAAAUGAGGAACUUGUCCAGCAUCUGGGAGCAGCCAAAGAUGCCCAGAGACAGCUCACAGCAGAGUUGCGAGAGCUGGAAGACAAGUAUGCAGAGUGCAUGGAAAUGCUUCAUGAGGCUCAAGAAGAGCUGAAAAACCUUAGGAACAAGACAAUGCCAAAUGCUAUAUCACGUCGGUACCACUCCCUUGGUCUCUUCCCUAUGGAUUCUUUGGCAGCAGAAAUAGAAGGGUCAAUGAGGAAAGAACUGCAUUUAGAUGAACCUGAUUCUCCUGACUUGGCCCAUCAGAAGCGGGUCUUCGAGACUGUGAGAAAUGUCAAUCAAGUUGUCAAGCAGAGAUCCAUGACUCCGUCACCAAUGAAUAUCCCAGGCUCUAACCAGUCCUCUGCUAUGAACUCAGUAAUUUCUAGCUGUGUCAGCACUCCACGUUCCAGUUUCUAUGGGGGCGACAUCUCUAACAUCAUGAUAGACAACAAGACCAAUAGCAUCAUCUUAGAGACAGAGUCUUCAGACAAUGGAAAUGAAGACAGAAUGAAGAAGCCUGGAACUCCAGGGACUCCAGGCUCCAGUGACCUGGAGACUGCCCUUCGUAGGCUCUCCCUUAGGCGAGAGAAUUACCUUUCGGAGCGCAAGUUCUUUGAGGAAGAGCAGGAAAGGAAGUUGCGGGAACUGGCAGAAAAGGGAGAACUCCACAGUGGUUCCAUUACCCCCACAGAGAGCAUCAUGUCACUGGGAACUCACUCCAGAUUUUCAGAAUUCACUGGAUAUUCUGGAAUGUCUAUCAGCAGUCGCUCCUACCUGCCAGAAAAGCUUCAGAUUGUGAAACCACUAGAAGGUUCUGCCACUUUGCACCACUGGCAGCAGCUGGCUCAGCCUCACUUGGGUGGGAUCCUGGACCCAAGGCCCGGAGUUGUUACAAAGGGCUUCAGGACCCUAGACCUGGAUCUGGAUGAAGUGUACUGCCUUAAUGACUAUGAGGAAGAUGAGACAGGUGACAUUUCUUACAAGGGCCUAACUACCUCGACGCCAGUUCAGCACACAGAGACCUCAGUACCUCAUCCUGGGAAGUGCAUGUCACAAACCAACUCCACCUUCACCUUCACCACCUGCCGCAUUCUGCACCCCUCCGAUGAACUCACACGAGUCACGCCAAGCCUUAACGCAGCACCUACUCCGGCUUGUGGCAGCAUUAGCAAUUUGAAAGGCACCCCAGUGGCUACUCCCUGCACUCCUCGGCGUCUGAGUUUGGCCGAAUCCUUCACCAACCUCCGGGAAUCCACGACGACAAUGAGCACGUCCCUGGGGCUGGUGUGGCUGCUGAAGGAAAGGGGCAUCUCGGCAGCAGUGUACAAUCCACAGAGCUGGGACAGAGCCAGCAGGAGCACCCUGCUGAACACGUACUCCCCAAAAAUGGCGAUCAUUCCUUCCACUCCACCAAACUCACCCAUGCAGACACCUUCUUCUUCCCCUCCAUCUUUUGAGUUCAAGUGUACCAGCCCACCUUAUGACAACUUCUUGGCUUCAAAGCCUGCUAGUUCAAUCUUGAAGGAGGUGAGGAAUAAAAAGAACAUCAGAAACAGCGAGAGCCAAACUGACGUGUCUGUUUCCAACCUUAAUCUCGUGGACAAAGUCAGAAGGUUUGGUAUUGCCAAAGUUGUGAGUUCAGGGCAAACGUCAGCUCCUCCUUUAACUGAUGACCAGGGACCUCUUCUCUGUGGGGCACAGGGACCAGUGAGAGCCCUUGUUCCUGGAGGCCUGGCUCCUGACAGUCUCCCCUUGGGCUGCCCUGCCGUGACCAGUGCCAUCGGGGGCAUCCAGCUGAACACUGGCAUCCGAAGGAAUCGGAGCUUCCCCACCAUGGUGGGUUCCAGCAUGCAGAUGAAAGGCCCAACAUCCCUCACUUCGGGGAUCCUAAUGGGAACCAAGCUCCCGAAGCAAACUAGCUUACGAUGA